AUGGAUAUAUUCCAAUCUGGUGAUGCGAGCCAGCCAACGCAAUUUAAGCUCAAUCCAGUGCCACCAGAUAAUCUCGGUGAAAAGCAAUUGCGCCGUCAGCUCGCGCAUCUUCUCGCGCAGAAGGACACGCAGCUCGCAAAUACAGGCAGAUUGGGGGAAUCUCUGCUUAAACAGCGUCAAGAAUUAUCUGGGCUUAUUGAAGGUGUAGACAGCAAUCCCGACGACCCCAAUGACCCCAAUUACGCUGACAAGGUGGAAGAAUUGAGAGCGACAGUGAUGAAAUUGGAGAGCGAGCACAAUCAGAGUGAACACAACUCAGUUAAUUCACCUGCAAAUACCUCAGACUCUACUAUCAUCCCCACUCUCCCUUCCACCUCCUCAUUCGCUCUCAGCACAGCUGCCAACUCCCCACAACCAUUCGCUGUACCCACAGCACCAGCACACAAGAAUCAGUCCCAUAGAAGAUCGCGUAAUGCAGCGCACAGGUCAGACGAUGUUGAAUUCGCUGCUGAGAUUGGCCAGCAUUUGUUAAUAGAAGUGAGACGUCUACAGAGUCUGAUCAGUGAACGCGACGAUACUAUCAAAAAUCUUCAAUUAGAUAAGGAGCACACGCACGCAAAACAUGACGAUCUCCUCCUUCGUCUCAACUCGCUCGAACAGACAGUCGAUAGGUUCAAAGAAGACAACUGGAAUCUCGAAAUGCAAAACCAGGAGCUGUACACAAGUAACACAAACCAUCAGGACUCACUCACCAAACUUGAAGCUGAGCGCAACAAACUUACUAAGUCCCUCUCGCUCUCGAGAGACUCCCUCGAAGAACGGCGCCAAGAUAGCGAGAAACUGAACCAAUCACUCGAGCAACUUAAACAAAAAUACGAGACAGAAACAGCUCUCGCUAGGAAAGACCGAGCAACAGCAACGCGUGAAAAGGGUGAUUUAGCCAGUGCGGUUGAGAGUGCCAAGAAGGAGAUCGACAGAUUAGAGAAGGAGGGUCGAGCGAAGCGUGUACGCAACCAUUCCAACGACGUCAGCAUGAACAAUACGAUGUAUGACAACGAUUUCAGCCGCAGAUUCAACACCGACGCAGAAUUCGACCCCGAUCGCAGCGAUUUCGGUCAUCCAGGGGAGUAUCAUCCCACGCAGGGCCUCCUCGAUGAGAUCUUCGAGGAAAGCGACUCAGCUGGUAGACGUAGACAUACGGGUAACUUCAGCCUGCCCGUCUUCGAUUCACCCAGACCACCUCGCGUUAACACUAACGAUGCUAAUAUGACCCCAGGUGGCGCUCGCACCGCUACUGCUCUCGCUUCCGAAAAUGAAACCCUACGCGUCGCUUAUGGGAACAAAGAGAGAGUUAUUGCUGGCCUGCAGAGACAAUUGCGCAACGAAAAAGGUCAUAUCAUCGAAUAUAAACGCAAAUUGGCCCUGUCUCAAAGAGGGCCGGACGAAGGUGUUGAGGAUAGUGAGAGUGAUGAGAGUGGUGAUAAUAGCGAUGAGGAGAAGGAGGAGCAAGUUAACGUCAGCCAGAGCAGCCCAACCAAUCUACAAUCCAAGAACAAAGGCAAACCAAGCAAAUCACGCGCUUCUAAACUUCGUAAGUCUGCCUUGACUGAUAAGCACGAUAAGUAUGAUAGAAGUGAUGUUAUUGAGCUCGAUGACACCAGUCAAACAUCAAUUCAGCUCCCUGAAUUCGAAACAGAUGCCUCUCACUCACCUGACCAGAAUGAUGAUAAUAACGACGAUGACGACCUCGAUCCGCUUUUCGCUUCACACUCGCCAGUCAAACAACCAAGCAGCACAUCAGCGACAGGGACUCAACAGGAGAGUAGCUCAGAAGAAGAUAGCAAUUAUAAUACCAAUACCAAUAUCUCCCAAGCUAACGUCUCCAUGUCGUCGUUGGGUAGGAGACGCGGCAGAGCUGUCAAGAACAAACUGAGCGCUAGCGGUCUCCGUGAUUCUUUCAUUCCACCUUCUCAGCCUACCUCACACAAGACUAACCUCGCUGAUUCUUCUCAGUUGGGUGGUGUGCAAGACCGCGUUAUUGAGAAGAUUGUAGAGAAGGAGGUGCCUGUUGAGAGCAUCGUUGAGAAGGAGGUUGAGAAAAUCAUCGAGGUUCCAGUCGAAAAACUCGUGGAGGUCCCAGUCGAAAGGAUCUUAGAGGUUCCAGUUGAAAAAAUCGUCCAAGUCCCGGUAGAAACGAUCGUCGAAGUUCCAGUAGAAAAGAUCGUUGAGGUCCCAGUAGAAAAGAUCGUCGAGGUGCCUGUGGAGAAGAAGGUUGAGGUGCCUGUGGAGAAGAUAGUCGAGGUACCUGUAGAGAAAAUAGUAGAAGUACCUAUCGAGAAGAUCGUUGAAAAGGUUGUCGAGGUACCUGUAGAAAAGAUAGUCGAGGUACCUGUAGAGAAAAUAGUAGAAGUACCUAUCGAGAAGAUCGUUGAAAAGGUUGUCGAGGUACCUGUAGAAAAGAUAGUCGAGGUACCUGUAGAGAAAAUAGUAGAAGUACCUAUCGAGAAGAUCGUUGAAAAGGUUGUCGAGGUACCUGUAGAAAAGAUAGUCGAGGUACCUGUAGAGAAAAUAGUAGAAGUACCUAUCGAGAAGAUCGUUGAAAAGGUUGUCGAGGUACCUGUAGAAAAGAUAGUCGAGGUACCUGUAGAGAAAAUAGUAGAAGUACCUAUCGAGAAGAUCGUUGAAAAGGUUGUCGAGGUACCUGUAGAAAAGAUAGUCGAGGUACCUGUAGAGAAAAUAGUAGAAGUACCUAUCGAGAAGAUCGUUGAAAAGGUUGUCGAGGUACCUGUAGAAAAGAUAGUCGAGGUACCUGUAGAGAAAAUAGUAGAAGUACCUAUCGAGAAGAUCGUUGAAAAGGUUGUCGAGGUACCUGUAGAAAAGAUAGUCGAGGUACCUGUAGAGAAAAUAGUAGAAGUACCUAUCGAGAAGAUCGUUGAAAAGGUUGUCGAGGUACCUGUAGAAAAGAUAGUCGAGGUACCUGUAGAGAAAAUAGUAGAAGUACCUAUCGAGAAGAUCGUUGAAAAGGUUGUCGAGGUACCUGUAGAAAAGAUAGUCGAGGUACCUGUAGAGAAAAUAGUAGAAGUACCUAUCGAGAAGAUCGUUGAAAAGGUUGUCGAGGUACCUGUAGAAAAGAUAGUCGAGGUACCUGUAGAGAAAAUAGUAGAAGUACCUAUCGAGAAGAUCGUUGAAAAGGUUGUCGAGGUUCCUGUAGAGAAGACAGUCGAGGUACCUUUCGAAAAGAUCAUCGAAGUACCAGUAGAGAAGAUUGUCGAGAAGACUGUCGAGAUACCAGUUGAGAAGAUCAUAGAAAUACCCAAGGAAAUCGAAGUCGAGAAGAUCGUUGAGCGCGUCGUCGAGAAGCCUAUCGAAAUUGUUGUCGAAAAGCAGCUCAAACCAGACGAACGCGUCAUCGAGAAAGAGGUACCUGUGGAGAAACUCGUUGAAAAGAUUGUGGAGAAGAAAGUUGAGGUGCCCGUUGAAGUUCCUGUGGAGAAAAUCGUCGAAAACGUUGUUGAAAAGAUGAUUGAAGUACCAGUUGAGGUACCUGUUGAAGUUCCUGUGGAAAAAUUUGUUGAAAAGGUCGUCGACAAGAAAGUUGAGGUGCCAAUCGAGGUGCCCGUUGAGAAACUUGUCGAAAAAAUUGUUGAAAAGAAGGUUGAAGUUCCAAUUGAAGUACCAGUUGAGAAAAUUGUUGAGAAAAUUGUUGAGAAGAAGGUUGAGGUACCCGUCGAAUUAUCUGUUGAAAAGAAGGUUGAAGUGCCAGUUGAGGUACCAAUCGAGAUUGAGAAAAUCGUCGAAAAGACUGUUGAAAAGAAAGUUGAGGUUCCGGUUGAGAAAAUCAAACACCUCCCUGCAACGAAACCAAAUACAGCCUCUGUCGGAUCUCAGACACUCCAAGGCCAAACCCAUCUCGGUGUACAGACCGACAAUGACAAUGACAACACACCACGUGUCAAGACAAUUCACGUCUAUCAUGAACAAGAGCAUCCAACAUCUCCAACAAGUAAACCAAAAGCCGAUCUCGAAAACCCUGAUCAAACAUCGGAGCACAACGUUGAGGACGUCAGCACAGCUCUAUCAGACAAGCACAAGAGUGUCUCAAGAAGGGGAUCUAGACAGGUUCCCGAUGUUCCAAGGAGAGCCUCCUCAACUUCAGUUCAAGGUGGCUACAUUGACAUCAUCUCUCGUUCAAGUUCUACAGCCUUGCCAUACGGAGGUAUGCCACCACCAAGACCAACAUCACCACCGCCGCCAGAAUUUAUUCGUAGAGCAACUAACAGAGGCUCUCAAACCAUCUCUACUGGCUCUAAGGGUAGACCUGCAUUGAGGAAACAAAUGUCGAACAUGUCUUUCCAGAGUGCAGUCGGUAGUCAGCACAAUAGUAGAUCGGGUACACCGCUUUCGUCACUCGGUAGCUUCAGAUCAGCCAAGCCCGGAAAUACAUCUACGCAAUCACACAGAAGAAAGACGAGUGACUCGUUCGGUACUGUGUCGAAUAUCGAGCGCCGUUCUUACAGCGUGAGCUCAUCUUCUGCACACUUGAGUGAGCCAAAGAGUGCUAAUAAUCAUCUGGACGAAGAUGACGAGAGCGAUGAAGACAGUGUCAGCAUGGCAGGCAGCAAUGUACUCGGAAAUACCCAACCAGAUCCAAUCAUUCAAGCUAUUACGCAAACCAUGAUUGGUGAAUUCCUCUUCAAGUACACUCGCAAAUCUAUCUUAAAGGGAAAUACCGGCAAGCGUCACAGAAGAUACUUCUGGCUCCAUCCAUACAACAAGAUGCUUUUCUGGAGUGAAGAUGAGCAGGGUGGACCUAACGUAUCCGAAACCCAGUCGAAGAGUGUUCCAAUUGAGCGCGUAGAGAGCAUCGAUGAUCCAAAUCCAUCUCCACCUGGCUUACAUCACGAGAGUAUACUUGUUUUCACUUCACAAGAUCGUGAGCUCAAAUUAACAGCAUCAAAUAGAGAGAGACACGAAAUGUGGCUGAACGCACUGUCAUACCUUCUUCAACGCAACUCGAUAAAUCCAGCACCUUACGCCGGUUCAGAGGCUAGUGGAAGGCCAUCAUUUAGCAGUAUCGCAGAGAUGGACUUCGGUUCUAAGCCGCGUAACUCAAUAAGCAGCAGCGUUGGAAAGACAGCUACUGGUUAUGCUGAUUGGUCGUUCUCCACUGCUAAAACCAAGACAAGGUCAGCGCUAUCGAAUAUUGGAAUGGGAAUGGGUACUACACCUCGUGCCAAAAAGUACUUCUCCGGCUAUAGCUCAUCAGCGGGUAAGAGAGCAGGUACGCCUGCAUCUGAAUACCUGAGAGCGAACAACGCUAGCUUCUUGGAAAGUCCAUCUAGACCGAAAUCAAGCGCAACUUAUCGUUACAAGGAUGAGAACCUCAACGAUGCAUCUGAUGAGGGCCUUGAUGACCCAAGAGUUUGUUGUGGUGGCAAACAUACAGUUGCGGGCCUGCAACAUGACAUGAGCCACAUCAAUCAUGCCAACCACAAAAACUCAGCUUACAGAACAGGAGCGGAUUCGCCAUUCUCUGUGCGCUCGCGCAUGUCUGGCACAAGCACUUUCAACCGCAAACACCGCUCACAAAAUUCUAUAUCAGGUGAGUUGAUGAUGCGCUGA